AUGAACGAAUCUCCUGACGAGCCACCUUUAGACCGUUCCGGCAUUUGGGAUCGCAUCAACGCAUGUGCCUCGAAUCUAUUGUCGCGUGCCCACUCUCGCCACGGCCACGGGAGCCGUAAUAAUACCGUCCUUCCGGUAACUAAUGCUUCGAUAGACCACAAUGACCACCUUCAGCUUCCAGCAGCUGCAGCUGCUUCCAACGUCCGCCAGCCGUCCGUUCAGUUCGAACAACAGUCGAAGGAGAAAUCAAAGGAUAGCCUUAACUCCGCUGGAACCGUUCCGGUGGAUACGCAAGAUGGAGAGAAACCUCCCACCCUAGAGACAAAGCCAAGCCUGCUUAGCAGUUUUUUCUACUCCGUCAAAAUGAUUUUACUUUCAAGCUGGGUAAACUGGCUCCUCGUUUUCGUGCCUGUCGGUAUCGCUCUUGGUGCAGUAGAGCGGAGUAUGGGAGACAGUAGUCCUGUUUCUCCAACAGUCGUCUUCGCUAUCAACGCUGUUGCCAUAAUUCCACUAGCAUGGAUGCUUGGCUAUGCCACGGAAUGUGUCGCAUCAGAUUUGGGCGACACUGUAGGUGCUUUGUUGAAUGUUACCUUCGGUAAUGCCGUAGAACUGAUUAUUUUCAUCGCAUUGGUUGCAGAUGAGAUCUCUAUUGUACAGGCAUCCCUUCUCGGCUCUAUCUUGGCUAACUUGCUCUUGAUUCUGGGCAUGUGUUUCCUUUUUGGUGGACUUCGCUUCCGCGAGCAGCUUUACAACUCCGCAGUCACCCAAAUGAGCGCCUGUCUUCUGAGUCUUAGCGUUAUCAGUCUUCUCCUACCUACCGCUUUCCACGCCUCGUUUAGCACUCUUACAAAUGCAGAUGCUGCGGUAGUCAAAGUCAGUCGAGGCACGAGUGUCGUACUGCUUCUCGUGUACAUUUUAUACCUAUUGUUCCAGCUCAAAUCUCACUCGUAUAUCUACGAGAGCACACCUCAGCAUAUGAUCGACGAAGAAUCACAUCCCGGUGUUCUUGCCGACAUAUUAAAUUCGUCAUCGAGCUCCGACUCAUCGUCUGAUGAUGAUAGUGAUGCCAGCUCAGGGUCCAAUACAACAGUCAAGAGAAUCAGAAAAGCUCUACGGAAGAAGCGUCGCCGUAAGUCUAGUUCGGCCUCCAAAGAAACUAUGUGCGCACCGUCUCCCCCGUCCUUUGUACGGACAGGAUCCUCUGGCUCCCAGGUAAUCGAUGAAGUCAUUCGCACCCCUGAAUCCGUCCCCGCUGCUAUACGUAACGGGCAAGAUGUCACUUUGUAUGGUCAAGAACAAUCGGCCACCGGUGACGUCUCGAAUGAGGUUACAACCCGCGAUUUUGAAGGCACCAGGUUGCCUUCCGUCUCUAAGAGGUCGGCACGCAAAUCCAAGCAGCGUAUAAAACAUGGGAAAAAUCGGAAAAUGCAAGAAUACAGAGACCAAAGUAGUGACGAGGAUAACGUGCCCCAAGCUGCACCUAGUGUGGCUCCGAGACUUGAAGAGCUUCAAACCCAGCCGUCGGCAUCUGAAUAUCAGAGACGCUCCUUCAAUUUUCGCAACCUGCCUUACAAACCAGCAAUAUCUCGUGUGUUGACUUCGAGUGGCUUGAAACCAACGCAGAUCUUGCAAGCAUCACCUAGUGUCCCCGCAGCAUCAGGUAACGAUCGCCCAAACCUUCGCCGUACAAGUUCCCUGCCAGAUCGUCUCGAUCAAAAGGCUCUCACGACAGCUAUACCCUCGGCUCAACCUUUACCUCACUUGGUUUCUAAGACAAGGGUUGUUGAACACAAGGAUUAUAGUGACGAAAAGCCGAAACUAUCCCGAUUUACAGCUAUCGUUUUACUACUAGUCUCUACUGGUCUCGUAGCUGCCUGUGCUGAAUUUCUGGUAAACUCCAUCGACUACCUCGUGAAAACAACUGGAGUCAGCCAAGCUUUUAUCGGUCUAAUUAUUUUGCCAAUCGUCGGAAAUGCCGCCGAGCAUGUGACUGCUGUUACUGUCGCAAGCAAGAACAAGAUGGACCUGGCAAUCGGAGUUGCUUUGGGGAGUAGCAUACAAAUUGCACUCUUUGUCACGCCGGUGAUCGUUCUCCUUGGAUGGAUACUGAAUACAGAAAUGUCGCUCUAUUUCAGCUUGUUUGAGACAGUCUCUUUGUUUGCUUCGGCCUUCAUCGUCAACUAUCUCAUGCUGGACGGACGCACCAACUAUUUGGAAGGUGCUUUGCUCAUUUCUGCAUACGUAAUUAUUGCAGUGGCAGCAUUCUUCUACCCCUCCUGCGAGGAUACUAGCUCUGCCAAUGGUGGAACAAUGAAUGGCACUUGUCGCUAA